CUCCAACUUCUCCAACCAACACACUAACGGACCUCCUGCUCCACACAGUGAGUUCUAUCUGUUGGAUGUAAAACGCGCUGUUGACUGCUCUGAAGUUGUUUCCCCACAGCAACAGUGUGUGGAGGUAGUUCCUCUGCAGAGUCAAGUGCAAGCAGAGCAGAACGGAGCGGAGUGGGACGGACUUGGAUGUUACUCAGGAUCUCCCCGAUGCAGCAGCAGUAAAGAUCCACAAUCAUUUCAGCAAAGAAAGCACCAUGGCCAAGAAACUAUGUGGGACCAACUACCCGACCAGCAUCUGCUUCAUAGUGGUGAAUGAGUUCUGUGAACGCUUCUCCUUCUAUGGCAUGAAAGCCGUGCUGACGCUCUAUUUCCUCACCUACUUCCACUGGGACAAAGACCUCUCCACCGCAGUCUACCACGCCUUCAGCGGCCUCUGCUACUUCACACCCAUCCUGGGAGCGCUCAUUGCCGACUCCUGGCUCGGAAAAUUCAAGACCAUCAUCUACCUCUCCAUCGUCUAUGUGAUCGGCCAUGUGGUCAAGUCGGUCGGAGCCAUUCCCACUGUGGGAAACACCGAUGUGCACAUUGCUCUGUCCAUUGUCGGUCUUAUACUCAUCGCCUUCGGCACCGGAGGAAUCAAACCCUGCGUGGCAGCAUUCGGAGGAGACCAGUUUGACGAGGAGCAUGUCAGCGAGAGGCAGAAAUUCUUCUCCAUUUUCUACAUGGCAAUUAACGCUGGAAGCCUCCUGUCGACUGUGAUCACACCCAUACUGAGAGGGGAUGUGCAGUGUUUCGGUGGCGACUGCUACGCUCUGGCCUUCGGGGUUCCUGCAAUUCUGAUGGUCGUGGCUUUAGUUGUUUUCAUUGCUGGCAGCGGGAUGUACAAGAGGAAUCCUCCCCAGGGAAACAUCCUGUUGGAAGUCUGCAAUUGCAUUGGAUUUGCCAUCAAGAGCCGCUGGAGGAGCUCAAAGGAUGUCCCCAAGAGGAAGCACUGGCUGGACUGGGCUGAGGAGAAGUACUCGAAGCGUCUGAUCCAGGAGAUUAAGAUGGUGCUGCGGGUGUUGGUGCUCUACAUCCCACUGCCCAUGUUCUGGGCUCUGUUCGAUCAGCAGGGCUCCCGCUGGACGCUUCAAGCCACAAGGAUGAACAUGGCUAUUGGAGAUUCCUUCAUUAUCAAGCCGGACCAAAUGCAGAUGAUGAACGCUCUGCUGAUUCUACUCUUUGUGCCCAUCUUUGACCUCAUCAUCUAUCCGCUCAUCGGCCUCUGCAGAAUCCGCCUCACGCCUCUAAGAAAAAUGGCUGCAGGGAUGGUUUUUGCAGCGCUGGCAUUCGGAGCGGCCACACUGGUCGAGGUGAACGUCGUGAAAUCAGUGGUGGAUCCUGCACCUGCAGGGAAUUGUCUCGUGCAGACCUUAAACCUGGCAGGAGGUGAUGUCAUGGUGGAUUUUCCUGGCAGUGACCUGUUUAAAGAGCCAAUCCCAUACCUCCAGGACCCUCCUCAUUAUGAAACCCUUCCACUGGGGUCGUCCAGCAAAGAACUGACAAUUCAAGUCACUUCGAAUGGAGAAGCUUCACUGUGUAAUCAGACGUUUGAACAACAAAAGGCCUACACCCUCAUCAUCUACUCCCAAACUACAGGAAUCCAGUGCAAACUCGUGAAUGACUCCAUUACCAAAAAUGAAAAUGGGAAUCCUUCUCUGAGGUUUCUCAAUACGCAGCCAACAGAAAUGAACCUAACUGUGGGAGACGUGACUUUCCACGUGCUCCCCGGUUACAGCGUCACUCCAAACAAGGCUGUUGAGCGGGGAAUAUACCCAUACGUCAGCUGCAGCCCCCAGUCAGCGAAUUGCUCUGAGAUUUACCUGGGCGUCUUGGACUUUGGAGCUUCCUACACCUUCAUACUCACUGAGGAUUCAGGUAAAAUUGCAGCCAGCAGGGUGGUAGACGUGAGACCCAACAACGUGAACAUUGCCUGGCAGAUCCCCCAGUACGUGCUCAUUACGGCUGGAGAGGUCAUGUUCUCCAUUACUGGCCUGGAGUUCUCCUACUCACAGGCUCCGGCCAACAUGAAGUCAGUCCUGCAGGCCGGCUGGCUGCUCACCGUCGCGUUUGGGAACGUGAUCGUGCUGAUUGUGGCAGAGGGUGCGGGACUGGACCAGUGGAAGGAGUUCCUGUUGUUUGCCUGCCUGCUGUUGGGCGUCUGCGUCAUCUUCUCCUUCAUGUCCUACUUCUACACCUACGUUGACCCUGAUCAGGUAGAGAAGUUGUACCUGGACAAUUCAGGGAAGGAGGAAGACGACGAUGACAAGAUGAAGAAAAAAUCCAACGACAUAGACAUGAUGAAGACCGGGAAGAACACAAAAUUAUAAUCGUCCCACAUAACAAAGGUGAAGCUUCUGAGAUUUAGACAAGCAGCCCUCAUGAGACGGUUUUAAGUUUCUUUUAGUUUUUCUUUCUUUCUUUUAUGUUCAUUACUUUUUUGUGAAAAUGUUGCACUAAGAUGUGAUCGUUUGACUUUUCUUGUGGUUUAAAGUUUAAUAUGUCAUUCCAUAUAUUUUGUGAAAACAUUAACACUCCAGUCACUUCGAGAUGUAACAAUCCACCGGAGUAAUACUGUUUAAAAGAGGCAGUGUGGGGUUUCUCACACCAUGAUCAAUACUGUUUUUAAUGUUAUAUGUUGUAUAUAUUUGUUGCAAACUAACACUAAUGACAGAUGUUGUAUUUUGUCACACCUAAUAAUAAUAAUAACACCUUCAACUCAGUUUGACAGAAAACGUAGCAGAAAUGGUUAAGUUUAAAUUGUGAACGACAGUAAUAAUAAGGACAAUAGUAACUAGUGGUUUUGCAUUGCAUCAGUCAAUAAUUACAAAUUCAGCAUAUGUAACAAUUACUAUUUUGCUGCAGAAGUAAAACACAGACCCUAUUGAAAAACUAAAUUUCACAAGAAAUCUUCAAUCCAACGAAGUUGAAUUGAAGCCAGAUAUUGCCUAUUGCCACUGAGAAGUCUUAAGAAUUACAUAAACUUAAUUUUACAGUGCACUAUUGUAAUGUUAGAAAGUUUAAAAAACUAAUCUUUUUCAAAGAAGACAUUUGGAAACAUUGCAGUAAGAAAAGCACUGGUGUAAAUAUUAAAAUGAAUGAUGGCUGAACGUAGCUGCUUAAUUUUUAGGUUCCUGGAUGUUCAUAUUCUUUCACUGUCACACUAUCAUAGUUUACAGAGCUGUCAUGAGUUUUUUAAUAUUGUACGUGUUAUUUGUUUAAAGUGCUUAAAUGUGCAAAACCAACAAUUUGGUCCUUUAGUCUUUAAAUACUUGAUGGUAAUGUUUUAUUCAGGUUAACGUGUAUAUUUUGCGGCUCCCUAUAAAGUGCUGUAAAUAAUUAAUAGAAAAAUUUACUAAGUAUGGUUGACAAACUAUUUUGUAUUUGGAUAGUAAGUUUUUGUAGCGUUGUCUAAAGACUUUAAUGACCUGUAUCUACAUAUACCAAAUGCUUUAUAACCUGAGCUGUUUUAUCUGAGAGUAUACAUGUUAAUGUCUGUAAAAUAAAAUCUAUGACAGUGGAAAACAAACAGGAAAUAACAUUCGGCAAAUAAAUUGUUGGU